AUGAACGAGGACAGAUUUGAUCGUAUGAUGGAAUUAGAAAUGGCAAGAGAAGGAAACAUUUUCACUGAUGACUUUCGCACGCUUACUCCUGAUACCACCAUCAAAGAAUGGCUCAAUCGGGGAGAAAUCGGACUUGGAUCGCUUUCUGAUGUUUUCGAGCGUAAAUCAAUCUAUACACUCGGCGAUCUUUCGAGGAUCUACCGACAGGAUGUGAGUUUGAGCACAUGGAAUAGUGUAACAACUGAACUGUUUGAACGUCUGUAG